GGAAAAUCAACGAAAAUGUUGCGACGGCUCUGUCCAUUGAUGGCACUGACGUUACGUGUUACAGAUCGCGACAAUAACAUUAUCUUUUGCGUUAACUAUAGAAAUGAAAACAGCAACACUAUUUCGUCACAUUUUGAGUGCUCAGACAUGGCAACAGGAAGCACAGAAACAGCUCUCCAGGCAGUAUGUCAAGGAAACCAAAAAUUUACUUUCAGUAUUUACAAGAUUCUUUCAGAAGUGGAAGGGAACCUGUUCUUCUCUCCAGCAAGCAUGCAAGUAAUUUUAGCUCUUGUACAUCUUGGUGCAAAGGGUAAGACUGCUCAGGAGAUUGCAAAGGGACUGAGUCUUCCAUCUGAUAAGAAGACCAUUGAGGACGGCUUUAGAGAGUUAAUGAAUCAGUUAAAGGGAUCUGAUGACACAGUGCUUGAAGCAGCCAACAAGGUUUAUGCACAAGUGAGUUUUCCAAUUAAAGAAGAAUUCAGAGCAUCUGCUGCAAAAUUUCUAGCUGAAGCUGAGGAAGUUGAUUUUAUCAAAGAAACAGAGAAAUCAAGAGCUAUAAUCAAUGAAUGGGUGGAGAACAAGACACAUAAGAAGAUCACGAAUUUAAUGCCUGAAGGUACUUUGGAUGAAUUUACUCGGCUAGUGCUUGUAAAUGCUAUUUACUUCAAAGGCCUGUGGAAUAUACCAUUCAAGAAAGAAGUCACAUCCCCCAUGCCAUUCCAUGUUACUGCAACAGAGACGAAGACAGUGGAUAUGAUGAAGCUACAGAAAAAAUUUAUGUAUACUGAAGCAGAAAAACUUGAAGCUCAAGUUGUGGAGCUCCCUUACAAGGGAGACCAGUUAAGUAUGGUGAUCAUCUUGCCGAAGGAGAACAAUGGUCUUAAGAAACUAGAAACAAAGCUUGUCGGUGUGAAUCUACCUGAUAUUCUGAACAAAAUGCGUAAAGUUGAAGUGAAUCUCUACUUACCCAAAUUCAAGAUGGAACACAAAAUAGAUCUGAAUGACAGUUUGAAGAAACUGGGUAUGAAGACUAUGUUUGAUGGAAGUAAUGCAGAUUUUACUGGUAUCAAUGACUCAAAACCUGGCCUUGUUGUUAGCAAAGUCUUACACAAAGCUUUCAUAGAAGUGAAUGAGGAAGGCACUGAAGCUGCAGCAGCAACUGGUGCAGUUAUGUGCCUGAGGAUGGCCCCAAUUCCACAGGAGCCAAUAACUUUCAAGGCAGAUCACCCUUUUGUAUUCUUUAUUAUUGAUUGCAAAACAAAAACAAGCAUUUUUGUUGGGCGCUUCAGUACUCCAAAUUGUGAUUAGCUGUAGAUGAGAAAACCUUUUCAUUUAAAAAAACUCGUAAUUUGUUUAUUUCUUGUUUAGAGCACAAUGAAAAAUGUACCACUGCAGUUUUACUAGAAUUCAUUUUUUUAUCUUAUUGUUAUAAAUACAUUAAUAUUUUAUUGAAAACAUUUUUUGGAAGUUCCUAAGAAGUAACAGUCUACUGUCAGAGAUAACAUAUGUACACAGAAUGAAAUAAAUAUUUUAUGUGAA